GGGGCAGCGCCGUAACGGUUUGCAUUUGUCACUGGGGUUGGCAUCUCCCAGGAUGUAGAGCUGCAGCCACAUUGGUGAGACCCUUACCUCUGGGGGACUGGAUAGCCAACGUCCAGCCGGGCCUUGAGUGCCGCUCUUCUCCGGCUCUAGAACCCAGCAGAUAAACCGAGGCACAGACAGAUUAAGUGACUUGCCCAAAGUCACACGGCUUUUUUUCUUAUAAAGCUAAGAAAAUCACAAGACACAUGUCAGUGAGACAGCAAGAUCUAGAUCCGGAUAGUACUACAGAUAUAGAAGAUGUUGCAGAUACUAAAGAAGAACUUAUUAAAAAGUGUGAAGAAAUGUGGAAAGAUAUGGAAGAAUGUCAGAAUAAGUUAUCGCUUGUUGGAACUGAGACACUCACUGAUUCAAAUGCUCAGCUGUCAUUGUUAAUUAUGCAAGUGAAAUGUUUAACUGCUGAACUCAGUCAAUGGCAAAAAGAAACUCCUGAAAUAAUUCCUCUGAAUGACGAAGUUCUGGUAACAAUAGGUAAAGAAGAGUUCCAAAAAUUGAGACAUGAUCUUGAAUUGGUACUUUCUACUAUUCAGUCAAAGAAUGCAAAGUUAAAGGAAGACUUGGAAAGGGAGCAACAAUGGUUGGAUGAGCAGCAACAAAUAUUGGAAUCUCUUAUUGUACUACACAAUGAAUUGAAACAUCAGGUUGUGACAGUUUCUGAAUCAAGGAUCUUUAAUGAGCUGAAAACUAAACUACGUGAUACAAAAGAAUAUAAGGAGAAACUGUUGAUUACCUUGAGUGAGUUUCUAGAAGACCACUUUCCUCUGCCUGAUAGAAGUGUUAAAAAGAAAAAGAAAAAUAUUCAAGAAUCAACUGCACAGCUGCUAACACUACAUGAAAUGUUAGAGAUUCUUUUAAAUAGAUUAUUUGAUGUUCCACAUGAUCCAUAUAUCAAAAUUAGCAAUUCUUUUUGGCCGCCUUAUGUUGAGCUGCUCCUGCGUAAUGGAAUUGCCUUGAGACAUCCCGAAGAUCCAACCCGGAUAAGAUUAGAAGCUUUCCAUCAGUGAAAGAAUGGUCUCUUUUUCACACAGUACUUAAAGAAUCUUGUCAUUCAAGGAUAAUGGAAACACUGAGUAUUACUUGGAUAAAGAACAUUAUUUGGAAAUCAAAGCACAUAGUCCAUCUCCCUUUUAUCCUUAAAAUGACAUGCUGCCAUCUACUAUUCAUUUAAAAAUGGUCCUUUCACAUUCUGGUCAGUGCAUUGGUGUUUUAAACUGAAUGGACAAAGAUACUCCUAAUGUAAUUUUUUAAGUUUAUGAGUUUCUUUUAUGCAUUUUGAGUUCUAUAUAUUUGGUGCUUACCUUCUUAAACUUAGGAAUUAUAAGAGAAAGGCCAUUUAAUUUGCUGAUGGUUUUAAAAUUAACAGUAUCUGAUGUAGAAGGAAGCAUAAUUUAAAAGUAUUUAGUAAAUCUGUUCCAUAUAUACUACCUUAUUUCUAGAUUUGUUAAAAAUUGAAACAAAAAACUAAUGGAUAGAGGUAAUAGAAAACUGCAUUUUAAUGUGUAUCAUAAUAAGUGAUAUAAAACCAUUCUUCUGUUAUUACUAACAAAAUUGUGUUCAUAAAAUUUUGUUAAUCAUAUGACUUUUCUGUAAAUAAAAUUCUCUUAUCUAAAAAUAUCUUAGCUUUUUUGGUAGUGUGGCAUGAUAUCUUUGUAAACUAAGUAGACUUUGAUAGUUGGAUAAAUGAAGAUAUUAUAAGACUCAUCAGCAUUACAUACAAGCUAAACUAGAGAAUUCCAAACACAUUUAGAAUCCUAAGUUUUCUAAGAGAAUUUAAUGUGUACUUUACAUUUGAAAAUGCUUUCUACUGUAUAACAUUUAAGUUUCUUGAUUACCUUAAAUACUUCAUCUUUUUAAACGUAAGCAAGUAAUAUUCCAAGUAUACCAUGUCCCUUCUAUAGAAAAUACAAAUACUGUUAUAUUUUAGAGCAUGUAAGUUCCUUUACAGGAACAUAACAUAUACGAGUACUUUAGUUGGGAGUCAGAGGAAUGAGCAAUUCUUUAUUCCUUGAAGUUACUGGAGAAAUAGUUCUGUCAAUAUGAGCCUGACAAUAAUUCUACACAGCAGGUCACAGUGUGCUAUUGUCCAUGGACAUCUCUGUGUUGCAAAUUACAGAAAGAGAUAAAAGCAAUAAACAACUUGAUUUAUCUGGCGAGUCUUCACAUUUUACAGAUCUACUGAUUAAGAAAAUUUUACUACAGUAUCUUGUAUAAGGCUCUAAAGAAAACUGUGAUUGCAUCCUACUUUAAUUCAUUAACCCAGGCUUCUUACAUAGAUUAUUUGCCCACUUUUGAUCUCAAUCACAAAGUAAAUUAUAGCAGAAUUAGUCUUGAUUUGCACUCCAUCUAAGCUUACAUCUCUUGAAAUUUUUUAUGGUUUUGAGCACAUUGGCGAAAAUGUUUCAAGUUCCGAAGAUCUGUAUGUAUUUUCAUUUUUCACUGAUUUAAGGAAAUCACUGAAAUCUAUAAAACUUAGAAUUUAUUUUUAUUUUACUAAAUACGAUAAUGUAAAAUAUCUGAAGGUAAUACCACAUUCUAGCUUUCCCAUACCAGCUGGUGAUGUUAGCUUAACUUAAAAAUUUGUUUUAGUCUGUCACAAAAUAUAUUUAACUUUGUAUUGGCUGAUGUGUACACGUGGAUUGAUCUGGGAGAAUUUAAAUCUCUAAUUGAAAAUUUAACCCAGUUGAAUAGGACCUUGUUUAGUCUUGUCCUGUGUUUUAUAUGGUUAUACAUCAGUAUUAACAUGUCUGACUCCCUUGGUUUUCUUAGUUUACUUUUUAUUUAUUUAGCUAAAUUUUAGUUUACUUCCUGGUUGCUUUUUACCAAGAAUUAUAUUUUUUCAAUUACUACAACAUUUUACCCCAGCUUAUUUUCUGGUAAUUACUAGUAAAUAGUUAAUAACUAAAAUAAGAAUGGUAAAUGAAAUGACCUAUUGCCCUUUUGGUAUUUUCUAAUCAAAACAUUAGAAUUUUUAUGUUUGCAAUAUCUACUGAUAGACUAUUUUUUCUAAAAAUAUAGUCUAUUAAUGUGUUACACCAGUUGUUAAAUGCACCAUAUCAAAUAAUUUAUGAUUGUUGUUACAUUUUAUGACGUGAACUCAGAAACAUCAGAGUAAAGUGAAAAAUUGAAAUCUAUUAGCUUGUUUUAAAUAUUUUUCAUAGUUUGUUGUUUGUUUUCCACCCUCAUAUAGGUUGAAUUUCCCUUCUUGUAGCAUUCAGAGAUUUUAAUUUUUGACUGAUUUUCCAUUAUACAAAAAAUGAAUGCAUUCUUUCUUGAAAAAUUAUUACAGACAUUACAGAUAAAUCUAAAGUUUUCUUUAACCACAUUUCCAGUUUGGGUCCCCCCUACCAAUGAUGUAACCACUGUUUGAUACAUGCUAUUAAUUUUCAUGUUAUAACAGAAUGUAAUAACAUCUAUCUUAAAUGAAUCUUGUUUUGUAGUAAUCACAGAUGCAAUUCACAUCAUGGUGGAUUGUUCCAUAUCUGUUCACUAUCCUCAUGUAAAAGUUCUACAUUACAAUGUUUAAUGUUAAUGUAAGUCUUUAGUAUAACAACAUAAUUCGAAUUGUUCAAUUGUAUUAAUUUUGUGGAAAGAUAAUUAUGGUUAAUUUAAUUUUAAAAUGAUUUCCUAACCUUUCUGAGUAAUAAAUGACUCUUUUGAACCCCA